AAUCUGCUUUUUAACCACUCUGACGAGCUGAUGUUUAUCGCCACAACUACUCGGCUGAAUUCAUGAAGGUUUUUCCUAUCUAAAUAAACAAACAGCUCUAAACAAGAGGAUUAUCAGGAUUAUUAUUAUCAUGAUCACAUGGUUGUUAUUGCUCUCACUCUUCAGAGAAAGCACACAAGAUGGACUAGAAGAUGGUGUGUUGCAUUGUGGACCUCAGAAUGUGACUCUUGUCCACAACAAUCAGACACUCCUGUUAAAGUGGGAAGAUGACCCUUCUUGCUCUGUGAUGCGAGAUGGGCUCGUGUACGAGCUGCAGCUUCUCAUAGCAGACAAACCUGUACACAAUGAUGAAGUUGUUGUGGCACCUGCACAGAUAGGAUCUACUCAUUCCUGGAAAUGGACUUCCCAUUUACCAUCGCGGUGUGCUCGCCCUUCAGUCCGGCUCAGGUCCCAAUACAACAACCAAUCAAGCACAUGGAUGCAGAAGACGCUACCUGACCAGGGUGAAAUACUGGUUCUCCCAAAAGAACAAAUGUUCGAGGUGGGCAGCACAGCCACAUUCUGCUGCAUGGUGCCAGAUGGGGAAAGUAUUAAAACAAUGUUUCUACUCAACUAUAAAGGCUCUAAUGUAACGACAACAAAGAUCAGUGAACAUGUGCACUCCCUGACUGUUCACCUGGACCAACAAUCAGAAAACUGGAGGGAUGUAAUAUGUGAAACAACCAAAGGAAAAAACACAGCCAGUUUUCAUGCCGGAUACCCCCCUAGUGACAGUAGUCUUCAGUGUGAAACCCAGGAUCUGGAAUCCAUCAAUUGUUUUUGGAAUAUAACAAGGAAAACAGAGGAUGUUGAAGAAGUAAGAAGAAAAUACCUGCUCCAGGAAAGCCCAUGCAACAUUGGACCAAUGCAUCAAUUGGGUAAAUGCUCGCAAAAAGUGGAGCUGGAUGCUGCUGAGAGGAACUGGACCUUAACAGUUACUAAUCCUCUGGGAAAGCUCGAGCUCCAUGACAGGGCAGACCUGACCAAAAGAGUGCACAUGGUCGCUCCAGACAAAGUGACAGCUUCAACUGUGAACCCCAGAAACAUCAGUCUGAAAUGGAGCUGGACUGUGAAGAAGUACAGUAAUCUCAACCUCACAUGCCAAGUAGAUGUCAGUGAUGGAAACUCUAAUACCAAAACUGAAAACUUUGGAGUUGGCCUCACAGCUGCAGUUAUCAAGGACUUGAUACCACACUGGGACUAUGACGUGAGGGUCCGAUGUGGAACAGCGCAGCAUUUCUGGAAAUGGGGUGACUGGAGCAAAAGUGUCAAAAUCCGCACAAAGGGUGAUGUUCCAGAUGCUCUUGAUGUGUGGAUGAAGGUGAAGGAAGAUCAGACUGUAAUGUCCUGGAAGAUGCCAUUGGCCAAUCAGAGCCAUGGAGAAAUCUUUGACUACAAAGUGGCCUGGGCAAUGACCAAAGACAAAAAUCAACCAAACCAAACCAAUGUGUCCAGAAGCAAUCACAGUCUUACACUCACGCUGGACCCCAGUGAGGAGUACAUGGUCACCGUCACGGCUAGAAACAUAAACGGCAGCUCAUCCCCAUCAACCAUCAUCAUCCCCCACCGCAAUCUAGAUAAAUCCGAGGUGAAGACCUCCUGGAUCAAUGGCAGCAAUGGUAGCUUCUUCCUGUCCUGGCCUGUUAGUCCUAACACCAGCUGUGGCUACAUAGUGGACUGGUGUCCAGUCUUCGGUAAAUGCUACUUCGAGUGGAUGAAAGUGCCUCCCAACAGAACUAAUACCACAAUUUUUUCAAAGAACUUUGAAGAUGGUCGGAGAUACCUGCUGUCCAUAUACGCCUGCACUGAGGGAGCUCCGGUGCUACUACAGAGAAGGGAGGGCUACAUCAGAGAGACCAAAAUAGAAGGCGAGCUCUUUAAACUCAAAUACAAACAGGAAGACUCGGCUGUUGAGGUAUCCUGGGAGCCCAUAUCUCUGGAAAAGCAGACUGCUUCCAUCCAUGGAUAUAUUCUCUACUACCAGGACAAGAGCGGGAACAUUUUUAACGUGAGCACAGUUGAUCCUGAAGCCACCAGCCUCACUGCAAAGAACCUGAACAUCAGUAGGUACACCUUCACGGUGACAGCAUCAACAGCAUUUGGACUUUGUGGUAAUUCAUCCAUCAGUGUCACCUUGAAUUCCCCGGCUGAUAACUUGAUAAUGCUGACCUUGAUAUCCCUGGGAGCAGUUUUUCUUAUUCUGUCUGUCAGCAUAAUCAUCUGCUACAGACACUGGGCAUGCAUCAAGGACAAAGUUUGUCCUCCAAUCCCGAAACCAGUGCUGACUGAAAAGUGGCUGACAUCACCAGAUGAACAUACCGUUCGUCAUCUUCCCUUUGAUCAGAGUCACUACAAUGAGGUCUUGGAUGUUCCUGAACUACAUGAUCAAUUCAGACCACCACAGCCUGUUGUUGGCCAGGACUACAUGCCUUUUGCCUUCUCUCAGACUCCCAAAGGUUACUACAACAAGCCUCUGAAGAAACUCCAGCCAUGCCUUACUUUACCCACUACAGGUCUUACAUCUCAGCCAGGCUUGCCAUCUUUUCCAAUUAAUGAUGUAUUUCCUAACCCUUCAUAUAACCUGAUAGUACAGGGUGAGGACCAGCAGUCACAAUCACAUCCCGAGAUCCAGGAGGGGAUGCCUAUAAUUGAUAGUGAAUACCAGCCACAGAGUCCUGAAGAGAGCUUUACCACAGCUGAGUUAGAGGAGGAACCAGACAGUCCCGUUUCCUGUGUGUCCACGUACAUUUUGUUACCACAGAAAACUUCCAAAUAGCGGCUGCAUGUGUGAACAUAUUUAAGCCUUGCACACGUACUUGAAGCAACCUUAACUACUGCAUAGAAAACACAAGCUGUCCUCAUCCACACAGUGACCUGGUAGGUGUUCAAAGGAGCUCUACUGUCUUCAUGUUUAGCUUCAAUUAAAAGCAUGCAAUACAUUUUAGUUCAGUUUUAUACAUUGGUGGUGUUGUGGUGCAGUGGUGCUUGUUAGCACUGUCACCUUGUUGCAGGAAGGUUGUGUGUUCAAAUAAUCUGUCAACCAUUUCUCACGAGAGGAAAAUGUGUGACUCCUUACUGGUUAUAGCUGUGUCACUUUGGCCAGCGGUCAGUUGUGGAGUCAAACAGACGACAGCAGGCUAGAAUAAAACGUAACACCAACACACUAACCAACCCCUAUAACUGCAGCUGACUUCCUUUUAUACUCUACUUGCUUCAGGUGAGACCACCCAGAUUUGGGGUAAGAAACAAAUGAAAAAAAUAAACAUCCACAUAAACAAAUACCGAACCAAAAUAUAAUACAAAGAAGACAUAUUUACACACAAACUCCAAUAACUGCUUCAACAACAUUUGUGCAGCAUUUAUUCAGUGAUGUAUAUUGGAAACACCCUAACCUAAACUCCCCUAUUGUGGCACAUUGGUUUACUCCAGAAGCUCAUAAGCUGGUGAUUGUUGCUUUUACUGAUUUGUUGCACAUCCUGCUGAGGAAGCAACCAGGAAAAGUUGAGGACUGCUAACACACACCAACCCCCUUUUAUCUUUCUUUUUUAAUAGCAAUCACUCAUACACUGAUAAAAAUACAGGUAACUGUAAUGGAAUCCCUGGUCUGCAUUACAGGCUGGUUGGAGUGGCUAAUGGAAGUCACUAGGGUGAAAUUGGUAACAACAAGCUAUACAGUGCUGCAUCGAAAAUCUUGCUAUUGCAGGUUGCCAGUAGUUUGCAUGGAAGAUACUGCCUUGCCUGCAAACACUCAAUAAGUACCCUAUGAGCUCAAGAGAAACUGUGAAAAGUGUGAUGCUAAAAAGUGACUCUUUGCCUUCAAAGUAAAAGUUGUGCCUUACAUUGCAAACAACACAUUUCCAACUGUGUAACUUUUACUUUGAAGAGUAGAGCAAAUAUGUUUUUAGACAAGUCAAUAUCUUCCAUGCAAACCGCAGGUGACUGCAGCACUCUGCUGUCUACCUGGGUUUACAGAAACCUGUCAGUGAAUACACAUUUCUCCCUGUCAUCCAGAGAUUUCCAUGAGGUCCCCACUUGGCCUCUAGAACAGUCUAAAGUCUGCUUUUUGUUCAUUUUGUUUGUUUGUUGGACAAUUAAAAGCCAACGGUGUAAAUAAAGAAAAUGUAUCUAGAAAUUCCACUCAGACAUUUGAGAAAAGCCUUUCUAAAGCCUGAUUUGUUUUCCUGUGAAUCCUGUGAAGUCUGUACAAAUGUCAGCUGUUUGCAUUUUCAAUUUAGUGCUGUUGUCUGAAUCAGACUGCCAUCACCACAGAAACUGAGCUGAUCAUGUCGGAGCGAAGAGAAAAUGAACAAUAGAGGAUCUCAGAACUGACAGACUGAUUCAUGUGUGUUUUAUGUAUUUAUGAGUGCCCUACCUUAUUGAAAAAAUGUGAAAAGUUCCAUGUAGCUUUGAGAGGUCUUUGCUGUUGAUCUGUGUUUAUGAGAACCAAGAAAUUACGAUCGAUUCAGU